AACUUCUGCAGCCAGAAUAGAACAACAACAACAAACAUCAUCCAAAAGUGGCCACAGCGCUAGAAAGAAAAUGUAAUUGGGGAAGGAGACACAAUUCUUAUUUGGGGAGCAACCCUCCAGACUGCAGGUCCCAGCAUCCUCAGCAGAGCCGACGGCGAAGACUGCUGGGAGAUGCAGUCCACAGGCUUCUCCUCGAAAGCUUGGAGACAGCCACUGCGGCUACCAGAUGUCACCAGUCAAGGGGCCUGAGAAGCCAUCGAUGGCGGACGAAAUCCUUAAACAGCUGCCUCUGGUGGAGAAGACUGCAGUGUGGGGCACACUGGGGACCAUCCGGCCGCAUUUGAGUUUUGAUGUGGAGAAGGAUGUCCAAACUCUCUUGGAGGCAGUCAGCGGUGAAGGUGUCCAUUAUGGGACUAUCAUCGACCUGUUGACCAGCAGGAGCGAUGACCAGAGGCAGCAAAUCUCAGAGGAGUUUCUGGCCUUCACGAAACAGGAUUUGCUGAAAACGUUGGAAGCCGCUGUAUCUGGAAACCUGGAGGCCCUCGUUGUUGGACUGUUGAAACCAAUGGCCCAGUUUGAUGCCCAUGAAGUCAAGGCAGCUCUGGAGGGCUCAGAGGCAGAAACUCUUGUGGAAAUCCUCUCUACCCGCACGAAAGAGCAGCUCCGGGAAAUCAUGGAUUUUUAUGAGCAUGAUUUUAAAUCGGAGCUGGAGGCGGAUAUCGUUUCGGGGACCAGCGGCGUUUUGAAAGACCUCCUUGUCGCCUUGAUCCAGGGCAGCCGGGAAAAAUACUCCAGGAUCAUCGACUACAUCUUGAUAAAGCAAGAUACAAAGGCUCUCCUGGAGGACGACAGCGGCGAAGUGGGGCGGCCGAAGGAAAGCGAAUGGGUCCGGAUCCUCACCCAGCGCAGCCCUGAGCAUCUCAACAGAGUGUUCAACUGGUACCACGAACAGACUGGUUUGCAGAUUGAAGACACUGUGGAUAAAUACUUUCAGGGUGGCGACGGAGAGGCUCUCUUAACAUUGGUCUCUCUCAUCCGAAACACACCCCUCUAUUUUGCCACAAAGCUCUACCAAGCUAUUAAGGGUCCUGGAGCCAACCUGAGAACAUUGGCGCGCAUCAUGAUUUCCCGCAGCGAAACCGACCUCUUGAGCAUCCGCGCCGAGCUCCGGAAGCAUUACGAUGUCUCCCUGUAUUCCUUGAUCUGGGACGAGACGAAAGGCAACUACCGGGCGGCUUUGCUUGGCCUUUGCAGGGCAGAAGAUUUGUAAAAGCCCAACGCGAUCCUCCAUGAACAGAUGAAGACUACCUUUGAGACCUAGACUCAGAUCUUGUCCUUCUCCUCCAAAGCUGAGAGUAUGGUCAGUCGACCUGAAUUUUAAAAAAAAGGCAGAAAUUCAUAAACAGGCCAAGGAAGCCAUUUGGAAAAGUCUGGACUGACCAGUUGUACUAGUUUAUUUCCA